CACGCAGAGCUGCUGGUGUUCACCUGCUCCUGAGGCGAUAGAAGGAGUGAAGAAACACGAGAGCAGACCAGGAGAACUGAAUUCAUCUCGGAAAUAACAAUAAUUAGUUCAUGUGAAAACUCGAUCAACAAUAGUCUAUUUAAAUUGGGUUCAGUGUGGUGAACUCUUCUCAACAGGCGUUAUUUAGUUAUUUUGUUGUCUGUUUAGUGAAAAGUCGCUCGGCUGGUUUUGCGCAACUUGGGUCAACACAGAGAAUGCCUCUUGUUUCCGGGUGAGAGGGAAGAAUAACACUAUGGAAGAAACAGAAAUGGAGUUAAAACCUCUGAAUAAGGAGUCAGCGCGUCCUGGAGGAGACCCUGACAACAAUAACGUCGAAAAUGAAGAUGAGGAUAGGGAGGUAAAUCAAGGGAAUGGAAUUCACCUUGCACCAGAGACUAUGCAACCUUUACUCUCAUCAUCACAGAGUACUGAGAGCAAUGGAGGACACAUUACAGUGGAGGUUGACUCAACUGAUUCCUCUUGUGCCUCGGAGAAAAAGCCUAAGGUGCUGAAAAACCUGAAGAAGGAGCUGAAUGAAACUGUGUUUUGGAAGAUUAAACUGUGGAUGGCCAUUCUUAUCUUCCUAGUCAGCAUCAUUUCUUUGAUCUUGCUUUUACUCUUUCUUUGCUCAGGUCAGAAAGAUGAUGCAGAUGACAAGUAUGAUCGUUCAUCGUUUGUGGUACCACUCAAAUUCACAGGGACUUUUACACUUGCCAACUACAGCCGUGUUCAAGAUCCAGUGUCUCAGGCUGAACUAGACAAUAAGAUGGUCAUAAAUCUCGGUCAAAAGCUGACUCACAUCUACGAAUCCUCCCCCACCCUGGAGCGCUACUUCUCUCUUGCUCAAAUAGAAACAAUAAGACAAAAAGAUGCCACUGUUGAGUUUAAGCUGGUGUUUAAAAUGCCCGAGGAGAACAAGCAGUUAAAACGCUAUAUUCUAAGCAGAGAAAUGGUCUAUAGUGUCCUUCUGCAAAACCUUUUUGAGCUAGAUACUGAGGACCAGCCUUACAUUGUGCUCUCUUCACUCAGCAUGGAGAUGGUGGACAAUUAACCUGAUUACAUAUACGGUGCUGAUAUGAGUUUUUUUUCUCUCACUUAUUAUUUAUAUGGCCAUCAUUUGGGAACUUCCACUGAUAUGCUCACACAUUCAGUGUAGGUAUCAUCACCUGUCUCUUUUUGUACUACCCACUUUUAUUGUCUUAAUUACGUGGAUUGCCUGGGCCUCAAUACUCUGGCUGUAGUUUCUUCUUUGUUUUUUUGGAGCUUAUGUUAAAAAAAAAGGCAGAGUUUAGUCCAAGUUUAUCUGUAACUUUCAGCCGUUCUUUGUUCCUGGAGUUAACACACUUCAGGCCUCACUGCACACUUGAUAAGAAUGCAAGUCAAGCAUGUUUGUUUACUUUGUGGGAGUAGGGGACCUGUAAGUCAAGUGCCAGAUGUUAUUGCUGUUAUUAUUGCCAGCCUUUGGGUUUUUAGCAGGAGGACAAAAGACAUUUUUGAAAUAAUUUUUACAAGGGCUUUAAAGAAAUUGAGAUUUGCUGUUUUAUGUGUUUGUCUAAGAACUACACACUGCCACUUUAAAGAAAUAAAUAUCUCUUUGUAAAGUUUUAUAUAGAUUAUACUUUAUAUGCCUUCUAUUUUUGUAGUAUUUGUAAUAGUCAGUCAGUAGGUGGUGCUGCUGCUUCACAUGAGAUAUUGUCGUGAACGUUACAAUGAUUUGAUCUGGCUUCUACUGUACGUGCCUUAACCUAACAUGUGUCUCUGAAAUACUUUAUAUUUUAUAUUCAAACUUUCGUCAGUAAAUGCCUUUUAAUAAACUAAAAAAUGAAAUCACUGUUCAUAUUAAAGUAAA